CCUGUCGCUCUCUCUCGUCUUCCUCUCAGUUCCUCUAAACCUUUCACGUCAACAUGUCUUUCUUCAAGCGCAAGGAAAAGAACCAGAUCCCGCCAGUCCAGUCGGAGCAGGCAGCUCGCGACGAGCUCUUUGGCGCGCGCGGCGGAGGCAACAGCUCCUCCCCGCGUCCGCCCAACGCAUACCCUCGCUCGACGUCGAGCACGUACGUCGCCAGCCGCGACGGCGACCCUUACAACACUCCGUCUGCGGUGCCGCCUCCACCCACGAACUACAGCGACCGCUACACGCGCCAGAACGCCGUCGGGGACGUGUACUCGCGCGGGCAGGGCAACAUCGACCACGAUCGCAACGAGCUCCUUGGUGGCUACAAGCCCAAGGCUGGCGGCUCAGGUCGUUUCUUUGACGAUGGACCCGGCGGAGGACAGGGCCCACCGCGGCGUGGGACCCCGCCGCCCGGCGAGGAGAACGAUGAGGAUGUGGAGGGCAUCAAACAGAACAUGCGUUUCAUGAAGCAGGAUACCGUCAACUCUACUCGUAAUGCUUUGCGCCUGGCGCGUGAGGCGGAGGAGACUGCGCGCAACACCGUCGGCAAGCUUGGCUCCCAGUCAGAGAAACUCGCGGACACCGAGCGCCACCUGGAUGUGUCGAAGGGCUACUCGCUGCGCGCUGAGGACAAGACGGACGAGCUCAAGAAGUUGAACCGCUCCAUCUUCCGCCCGGCGAUCACCUUUAACAAGGACGCGAAGCGCGCAGCACAGGAGGCGAAGAUCCAGGCGCGCUACGAUGACGAGCGGGAUGCUCGCGAGAAGGCCAUGGGUGACAUCAGGGACACGCAGGACCGUCUCGGGCGCGCAGCCACAUACGGCGCGCGGGGCGACGAUGAGGAGGGCAUCGGAGGCGGGAGCGGCCGUUUCCGCACCCAGUCGGAGCUUCAGCUGCGCAAGAACCAGCGUGCGAAGUACCAGUUCGAGGCGGACGAGGAAGACGACCAACUUGAGGACGAGCUGGACGACAACCUGGACGAGAUCAUGGAUGUGACGAAGCGGCUGAAGGCACUCGGUUCAGCUAUGAGCUCGGAGCUCGACACGCAGAACGAGAGGAUCACCCGUAUCACCGACAAGACGGACAGGCUCGACAGCCACAUCUUCCGGAACACUGAGCGGCUCAACAGGAUCAAGUAGAUGGUCUGUACGGUUGGUGGCUAGGGCCGUGUGCUAUGCAUAGCUAUGAGGUUGGUUGUUUCUUUUUGGAUGGUAUAGGGCGGUUCUGGGUAUUUAUAAUACAGACAAAGACGCAUGAUAGUGUACGCGUCAGACACUUCAAUCCAGUAGCAUCUGUGCGAUGGCUACGUUGUUUCUCUUCGUCCUCCACCGCGAAGAAUAGUGCUUCGUGGUGUCCUCC